AUCAAAACUUGAUGCAAACAGACGGCUGCUCAGUCAGCGGCUAACAGCUAACAGACAGUGUUUCUCAGGGACCAGUGGUUACACUACAGCUACAAACACACGGAAAACUACCCUGUUCGUUUGGAGACAACAUUGUUGCCUUGUGCUUUAAGGCGACAUCGACGACAAAACGCGAUCUGGUUGCGGAUUUUUUUUUCAGCACAGUCAGCUCCAGGGCCAUUUUUCUGCAAUGGAGUUUCCAGAUUUAGGGGAGCACUGCUCUGAGAAAUCCUGCAAGCGUUUAGAUUUCCUUCCAAUGAGAUGUGAUGCCUGUCAAGAGAUUUUCUGCAAGGACCACAUAACCUAUGCAAAUCACAAAUGUACUUCAUCCUACAAAAAGGAUGUGCAGGUUCCUGUUUGUCCUUUGUGCAACACACCCAUACCCAUCAAAAGAGGAGAGAUGCCCGACAUUAAAGUCGGUGAACAUAUUGAUCGAGAUUGCAAAUCGGACCCAGCACAAAGAAAGAGAAAGAUUUUCACAAAUAAAUGUUCGAGAGGAGGCUGUAAACAGAAGGAAAUGAUACGAGUGACUUGUGACCAGUGUCAUUUAAAUUACUGUCUUAAACAUCGGCAUCCACUAGAUCAUGACUGUAAGACAGAUGGGAAACCUCUGUCAAAAUCUGGACAUGCUGCUGUAAUGAGGAAUCAAGGUGCUUCCUCCACCUCUGCCUCCAGUUCUAGUUCAUCUAGUUCAGGGAACACUAGACCUGUGUCUAAUGGUGUUAGUGCAAGUAAUAGAAACAUCAACAGUGGCACAACCCAGCGAAUCCCUACUUCCGUUUCAGCACAGAAUGUAAUACCACCAUCAGCGUCUUUUCAAGCCGGCAUGACAGAGGAACAGGCUUUACAAAGGGCCCUGGAGAUGUCUCUGGCGGAGGCGAGACAGCCAGUUCAACCAACUCUUAGCCCUCAGGAGCAGGAGGAUCUGGCUCUCGCUCAGGCUCUCGCUGCCAGUGAAGAAGAAUACCGGCGUCAGCAGCAGAGACAACAGGUAUCCGGAAAGCUUAGCCGUCAGUAGCAUACAUACAGGAACACGUGGGAGAGAGUCCAAACAGUCCAACUGCAGCCUUUCCUAAUCUGGGACCUUCAUUUAGACUCCAAGCUGUGCUAAUAAAAUACUAGAAACUGCACGUCUGGGAUAUCACGAUCCAGCAUCAAUGAUUGUUUAACCAAGGAAAUGAAGUUGCUGAGAUAUUACCGCCUUCUACAAUAUAAGCACAUACUUUCCCAGCAGGUUCUGUCAUUUUUACAAAUGAUUUGCUCUGUACAUAUUUUAUAUGCUGAUUAUGAAACCAUUCUAUUACCAUAUAUGAAUAUUGAAUAAAUUAUUUCAAAGAUGCACGCUGAA